CUCAUCCUCUCCCCGCCUGGGGCCGCCGCGGCACCAGGGGUGGGUCGGCAUCUCCAAAAGGGGCCCUUCGACGUCUCGCUGGGCCAGUCCGGCGCCGGGUCGUGGAGCCCCGCGCAGCUCCCACUGGUCUCUGAAGGGAACCCUCCUCCCAGAGUUUCGCACAACUUUCCCCUCUCCCUGGCGCGGCGGCGGCGGCGGCUCGGGGACCGUGGCCGCCGCAGGUAGCUGAACCCCGGGCCACGCUCUCCGCGCCUCGGCUGCGCGCGCGCGUCGGUCGCUCCGGGUCUCCGUGCACGCUGGGGAUCCCCGAGCUCGGCUCUGAGGGCGAGAUGCCUCUGGGACACAUCAUGAGGCUGGAUCUGGAGAAAAUCGCCCUGGAGUACAUCGUGCCCUGUCUGCACGAGGUGGGCUUCUGCUACCUGGACAACUUCCUCGGCGAGGUGGUGGGCGACUGCGUCCUGGAACGCGUCAAGCAGCUGCACUGCAACGGGGCCCUGCGGGACGGCCAGCUGGCGGGGCCGCGCGCCGGCGUCUCCAAGCGGCACCUGCGGGGCGAUCAGAUCACGUGGAUCGGGGGCAACGAGGAGGGCUGCGAGGCCAUCAGCUUCCUCCUGUCCCUCAUCGACAGGCUUGUCCUGUACUGCGGGAGCCGGCUGGGCAAAUACUACGUCAAGGAAAGGUCCAAGGCAAUGGUGGCUUGCUACCCAGGAAAUGGGACAGGUUAUGUUCGACAUGUGGACAACCCCAACGGCGACGGCCGCUGCAUCACCUGCAUCUACUAUCUCAACAAGAAUUGGGACGCCAAGCUACACGGUGGGGUCCUGCGGAUAUUUCCAGAAGGGAAAUCAUUCAUAGCAGAUGUGGAGCCCAUUUUUGACAGACUCUUGUUCUUCUGGUCAGACCGCCGGAACCCACAUGAAGUCCAGCCUUCCUAUGCGACCAGAUACGCUAUGACCGUUUGGUACUUUGAUGCUGAAGAAAGGGCAGAAGCCAAAAAGAAAUUCAGGAAUUUAACGAGGAAAACUGAAUCUGCCCUCACUGAAGACUGACUGUGCUCUGAAAUCCGCUGGCCUCGUUCAUUUUAGUAAUGGUUCCUGAGGUCUCUUUAAGAGUUGAAAUCCAAAGAAGGCCUCUUCCAUGACUUGGUGACAAGAAGCCCCCCUACUGCUUGCAUCAUUCACAUCCCUGUCUUACAUAUGGUACUUUUGUGUUUUCUUGCCAAAACUGCAUCCACCUUCAGACACUCUCUUUGCCAGAUGAACUCAUUUGCUAACUCCAGAAAUACCUGCAGACAACCUAGCUGGCCAGCGGUAGAACCGAUAUAUUUGGUAAUACUGGCUAUCAACACAAGAUCCUGGAAGCAUGGGCAAGGGAAUGAAUCUUACUUGCACUUUAUGUACACUUCCUGGUUUGAAAGGAGGAGGUUUGCAAAGAAAAACAAAAUGGCGACAGAUGCCACUGAGAGGCAUCCGUGAAGCCUUCACAGCAGGAAACAAAUUGGUGUCAUCUGAACAGUUUCCAAAUGUUCUCAAUCCCGGGCUUUUGGGGUUUCUGGAGAAUUACCACAACCUAGUGACAUUAUUACCUCUAGAAAGGGCUGCUGUCCUAGUCCUCAAUUUAGAAGUAUCCUGUGGGUGGACACUCUCUUUUUCCUGGUCCUGCAACCUGGACUUGCUGCCUCUGCCCCAUUUUGCUGAAAGUAGGGCUUUCUGGUCAAAGAUGAUCUACCAUCUAUUUUUUAUUUUCACUUCUUACUUGGAGAACCUAAUUCCCCAGAGGCAAAAACUAGACCUUAAUUAUUUGGGUUACUUUGUUGAAAUGGAAUUUGAAUUUCAAUCGAAGGGGAAAAGAACCCACCUGGUAGGUAGCUUCAGCGGCAACAACCUCUGGUAACUGGUAUCGAGAGACGUGGGUCUACCAAUACACGAUAAACCUGUGUGCAUCUUGGUCCGUCUGAGAAUGGCAGUGGGGUUGGAAAUGUAGGCAUUGCCGUGUUUCAGUUUUCCUUUUUAAUGCGCUCACCCUUCUUGUUUAACAGAAUGAGACAAUAACAAAAAAUGGGGUGUUGUAUUUUAAAAAGGAAAUGGAAAUUAAAAAUCCCAGAAGGCUAUUUGGGUUUGUCCACGUUUUCUGUCCCUAGUAGCCUUUCUUCAACAGAAUUGAAGCACA